UUUCUCCUUGCCAAGCUUCACCUAAACUCGAUGAUCGGGAAAAGGUCCAAAAAAGCACUGCGGACUUCACUCCACAAUCUUGCAACUGGUUCAAACGCCUAUGACUCUGUAUACGAAGAUGCGAUGCUUAGGAUUGAAGGGCAACUCCAUGAUCAAAGAGAGCUGGCAAAGGAAGCAUUGGCCUUUCUCACCUGCACCAAGCACCACUUUUCAAAGCUGGAUUUGGAAAUGGCACUCGGUGCAGAGUCUGGAAAUUCAGACAUUGAUCCAGACAACUUCCCAGAUAUUUAUGACGUUGUAACCGCGUGCGCUGGACUUGUCACAGUCAAUGAAGAAAGUGACACUGUCGGGUUAGCCCACUACACCACACAGGAAUACCUUGAACGAACACAACAACGCUGGUUCCCAGACGCGCAAGCCCUCAUUACAGACUCAUGUCUCUCCUAUCUCUACUUUCUCUCAUCUGGAGAUUGCUGGACCGUUGGGUUGGAUACAAUGUGGCAAAGUAGCGAUUGGUGUGUUUACAGUGCGAAAAAUUGGGGUUAUCAUGCUCGCCAGGUACCCGCU